AUGGACAACAAAGUGAACGACUUUGUCAACAAAAUGGGAGCGGCUAAAGGUCUGGGUUUGGGCAUGAAACUUGUCGCCGGUGUUGGACUCGUUGGCUACGGUUUGGCCAAUUCCAUGUUCACAGUUGAGGGUGGUCAUCGUGCCAUUAUGUUCAAUCGUAUUGGAGGUAUACAAAGAGAAGUCUACCCCGAAGGAUUACAUUUUCGUCUCCCAUGGUUCCAAUACCCAGUCAUCUUUGACAUUAGGUCAAGACCAAGAAAAAUCUCUUCACCUACAGGUUCCAAGGACUUACAAAUGGUGAACAUUUCACUUCGUGUAUUAUCCCGACCAGACGCCAUCAAGUUACCAGAUAUGUACCAACAUUUAGGUAUUGAUUAUGAUGAAAAAGUUCUUCCUUCAAUUUGUAAUGAAGUUUUAAAAUCAGUGGUUGCCAAGUACAAUGCAUCACAACUUAUUACACAAAGACAACAGGUGUCACUGCUCAUUAGGAAACAACUUGUUGAUCGGGCUCGUGAUUUCAAUAUAAUUUUAGAUGAUGUUUCUAUUACUGAACUGAGUUUUGGUAAAGAGUAUACUGCAGCUGUUGAGGCAAAACAAGUAGCACAUCAAGAAGCUCAGCGUGCCGUGUUCUUUGUUGAAAGAGCCAAGCAAGAGCGUCAACAAAAGAUUUUACAAGCCGAGGGAGAAGCAGAAGCAGCAAAAAUGUUAGGAGAAGCUGUUGGCAGAAAUCCUGGUUACUUGAAACUUCGUAAGAUCAGAGCAGCACAAAAUAUUUCCAGAACGAUUGCCACUUCACAAAACAAAGUUUUCCUCAGUGGAAAUGGUCUUAUGUUGAAUAUAAGCGAUCCCUCAUUUGAUGAACAAAGCGACAAAUUGAAAAGCGGACCAUAUAGCAUAGUAUCAAAUUAUGAGACAAAAAUUAGAGUUCAAUCCAAUGAAACUGUUGGCAGUAUUGCAAACAAAACUGUAACCAACUUCUUAAAUUAA